CUGAGAACUGUCACUAUAUAUUUUACGUUCUAGAUAAGUGUACACAGUGCACUUCAUAAGUGCAAUAUAAAUUUAUAUAGUAACAAAAUUUAUUAGAAUAUUGAAUAUAUAGGUAGUUGUAUAUAUAUAUCUAAGGAAUAAUAGAAUGUUUGUACAUUGAAACAAUAGAAAUGGAAGGUUUAAGUCAAAAUGAGAAGAUUAUUUGGAAUUGUUGGCAAGAAAAAUCACACAAAGAUGUGGUUCGUGAAGCUGCUGCCAAAGGUACACAUAUUAACUUGUGUCUGAAAUAUCUCAUGAAAAAAAAUUCUUGGACAGAGACUGAGGCAAGGCAUUGGUUCUUAAACGAGGUAAAAACAUGGACUGAUCAAUUAUUAAGGAGAAAACAAAUUUUUAAAGUUUUACACAUACUUAAUAAAUGUGACAUAAAUCCUGAGGAGCAUUUAAUGGAACUUGCAAGGUCAUCAGCCCAGAUCGACUACAGGGACUUCAUAGUAGAGCAUUUGCAAAAACUUAUAAAAGAUUUCAAAAAGGAUAACAUUGAAAAGUGGGAAAAUUUUAAAAGACAUUGGAACUUGCUCCAAUAUCUUGAAAAAUCAUUUGAGGUUGACGGUACUUUCAAACAAAAUAAAGUUUUUGGUACCGGAUCUGAAAGAGUAUUUGUUAAUGAGAGUGAAAUAAAAGCUCUGACUAUAGAAAAGAUUGAAGAAUACCCAUCAGAAUGGAAGUGCAAUAUCGCAACUGCAUUGUUUUUUGACACAUUUGAGUUCUCACUUCUGGAUUUUUCAUCUCCUCUUCAGAUGUGGAAUUAUUUGGUGAAGCAUAACAAAUCAAUGAUUCUCGUCCGUUGGAUAAAUGUUCAGAUGUCCGAGGUUGUUCGAGAUAUGAAUGCGAGAUAUAAUUUUUUCAAUAACGAUAAUUUCGUUCAGAAGCUGCUGACUGUGGAUACGAAGGGUUUUACACACGAAGUCCUCGACACUCUGGAUGAGAUUUUUCGCAAAUGGCCCAUUCUGCCGGAAAUGAUCGAUAAAAUUGAUACGUCCGACUGUUUUGAAUAUACAAAGAUGUGUAUUUACGACACCUUGGCCUCGUACGGAAUAAUAGUUCAGAAGGAGAAAACGGAUCUGUAUGAAAUAAUUGGUAGGUUAACGAGAACGCAGAAUUUGAAACUCAUUGACGACAUAUUCUCUGAAUCAUGCGCUACGAUGAGCAAUCAGGACUUUUAUCUGCAGCUGGCCAAAUAUUACGUGAAACAUAAAUUGUAUAAGGUUUUAACAAUUUGCAUAGAGGGUCAUAUAUUGGACACGGAUUUGUCGCAGAUUGAACAGGAGGCCAGAGACUGUAUCGAGCUGUGGUUGUUGUUUAAAAGUAUUGAACAAACAUCAGACAGGCAGAGUCACGUGGUGCCUGUGUAUAAAACUUGCCAGCAGAUUGCUAAGGACGAUAUCGAUAAUUACAUUUCGUCUAAUCCCCAUCUGGUCCUCGGCAUGAUAUUACUCGAAGACAACGCCAGCUUGUUCGAUAUAUUCUCCAAAAGCGAUUUUCUGGAGUUCAAAGAUUUCAAACUACCAAAUAUGGGCUACAAACAGAAGUUGCCACACCUGUACAGAGUAUAUGAAAGAUCUACUAGCAGUGAUUAUAUGUAUGAAUGUAAGGAUGUUAAUGUUUAUCAGUUGCUUUCUGGCUAUCGAGGUUUGGACGUGUCUAAGAUAUUCGAAUUCCAAAUAAUUAAUAGAAACACAAACGUUCAAAUGCCGGACAAAACUGACCGCAGAAGCUUAGGCAGUUUGCUGUCCGACGAAUUAGAUGUACACGGUUUGAAAAAUUUAACCCAAAGAACUAUUGAUAUGCCAGACUUCGCGAAUGACAAACUAAUGAAGAGAUAUGGUUAUGAUGCUAAACUGAACCACAUAUAUUAUUUGAAACAAUACCGUCCUUGCAAUGCAAGCCAGGCGUUUGUUUCACAUCAGUACCAAACAUAUAAUCGACUUCAAGAGAAAGGUAUAAAAAGCGCAUGCUGUGAAGCCCACGCCUUGGCUCUUCAGAACUGGUUCGACCCCGCUAUGACUGCUUGUGCUAUAUCAUUCGUAGCCAUGAUCGGAUGUAACCCCACUAGAUGUAGAGUUCACGUCUCAGCCACUAAAAUGAUUAAAAAUCAUCUCAUCCAUCGAAAGGGUUUGCCUGAAAAUGAAGUUAACAAAAUCGUUAACGAAUAUAUGGUGAAACUUAUUCAGAGCAACGACGACACAGCGAGGACCAUAUUGAAGUACUUAGAGGAAGUGACGUCUUGCAGACUAAAAGAAAUAAGAGAAAUCAAUGGCGAAAUAGAUAUGUCAGUGGUUUUGUAUGAAUCUCAAACGAUGAUAAAAUUUGCAAUGCUACACAAUUUACCAUUACCGGAGGAACAGUUGAAACAGUUUGUCAAUGAUAAUUCUUGGUUUAAUUUCUUGGUAUUUGGAGACGUUUUCAGAUACCCUCUAUCACAAAUGCUGAAACUGUCACAGGAAUUCAGUAGGAGGUCUUAUGCCGAACACUUAAAACAUAUAAUACUUAAUAAAUCUACUGAAGACGAGAAAGAACAAAAGUCUAGUUCAAGUAACGGGCAAAGGAAAUUAACGAGACUGAAUUCUGGAGACAUUCAGUGUCCCAAGGAAAAUUUAGCGGACCAAGCUGUGUAUCUAAGUCGUGAGCUUUGGGAGGUUUCUGCAUCAUGUCAUGGCCCGGAAGAUCCUCCGGCAGCUUUGUUAAAAUCUGCUCAACAGUAUAGAGAACCAUUGUUAGUAUUACUAGCUAGCUGCUACGAGCCAAAUGCCGUUGAUGUUCUGUGGGGUCAUUGGAUUUUGGCGUCGAUAGAACCCACUACGAAAAGUCGGGAGGACCUGCAAGCGGAAAUUUCCCAAAACAAUCCGGCGCAGCUACUGAUGAAAAUCGCAGAAGUCUGUAUUAUGGAAGGCUACGUCAACACUUUGCACGAAUCCUUUCUUAUAUUUAUGCCGGAAAGUCCACUCGCUCUUCUCACGGCAUUCCUUCACCGUUGCGUUAAGCAAUUGAUUUUUGAUUCCGAAACUAACAAGUAUGUCACGAGUUUCCUUAAUCAUUGUCAUCGCAGAUACAGCGUCGACGCCAGCGGCUUUCCAUUCGAAUUGUCGAAGGAGUCGCUUCAAAGAACAGCAGUUGCACUAGUCGUAUUGACACUUAUACACAAUUUCGACUCAGCCUUCCAUCAAAGGGAGUUCUUGAAGUGCUUAUCUGAUUCCCGAUUUGGAGUCGAUUUUAUAGUUCCUUGCCCAGAUUUUACAACAUUGUAUGAAAUCUUCAAAACCUCUAUGGAGACAUCGUCAAUCAUGACGCUGUCAAAAAUGUUGCAAGAAGAUUCUCAUGUUUACAUCAACGAAUGCGUGGAAAUGUAUACGCGCGAGAAAAACUAUGAGGUGGCCUUAAAAAUUGCAAAAUUAGCUGGUUUGCCGGUCGAUUAUAUUUUAAUAGCCGAAUGGAGUAUUAAACGUGAUAAGAUCACUACGUCAGACGAUGAGAACGUGGUAGUAUACGAGGCGGACGUUACAAAAUUCAUAGCCACCUGCAGUGAUGUAUUUAAAAAUGCCGGUGUCACUUUCAAUGGAGCCGUCAGUUUUCUAUCUGGAAUACCUAAACAAAUCUCCGACGACGCUCUACAGUUCUACGCGUAUAGAAUUAUUUUGAGUUGGUUUGAAGAAAAUCACGUGUACGGAGAAAAUAGAGAAGAAAUCGAACAUCAAAUGUGGGAGGCGUAUUUUAGAUGUGACAGGUCGCCGUAUUUGAAAGAUUCUCAGAGCACAUUGAAGUUUGUGUUAAAUAAUACAAGAGAAACAAUAUCUUCACCGAAUAUAAAUCUAAAUUUAGAAGACAAACCGUUCUCGUCCACUCUGCAUGAGAUCGAAGUUGAAUCUGAUGUUAUAAAUAUAGAGAAUAUUGAACUCAUAGAACAUAAAGAUGUGAUAGAGAACUGGCAGAAAGCAGUUAACGGUUUGUUAGAGGAGAAACUGCUCGUGGAAGCGUUUCGUUUAUCAUCGUUAUUCAGAAUUCCUGAUGAGUACCGGUUCAAAAUACCAGCCUGUCCUGUAAAUAUUGUAAGGACAUGUUUAAGAUUGGCCGAAGGCACAUGCUCGCCUUACGAACUUCCCCAAGAAUUGAGACUCAUUAUAUCUUCGCCCACACUCCAGAACAAGCUAAAUGUUUCAGAAGCUUCGGAGACAAGUUUCGAGGAAUUGGUUGUUGUACCGGAUCGCCAGGACGGUGAAGUGCCACACUUGGCAGUGAGAGAAGAAGUGGACCGUUUGUCUACUUUGGAAGCGCUGGCUGUUAGGAGUGGAUUAACUGUGGCUAAACAGAUCACGAAUUACUUCCGAAUCGCCCUACAAAUCGGUUGGGAUUAUUUGUCUGUCUUGAAAUAUCAAAGUCGUCCAUUGGAUUUCAUCAACUUAGUAAGCGGCAGGGCCAGAAUGUCGCUGGCGAAUCUCGUCUUCAGAACUUUUAAUGUACCAUCUAAACAGAUUGCAGAAUAUUUAUGCAAAGAAAUGGUAGCAGCAAUAAUAUCCCCGCAUUUAGUGAAGACAUCGACGUUCAGACAGAAGGAGCAUUUCCAAUACACGCUAUGGGGAUACGUUCUGGAUUCCGAUAUUGAGAUGUUUUUAAACAUGCGGCCAGGCGCCUGUAGUCAGAUCGGCAGACUGAUACUCGACCAUCUCAUGGCCUUCCAGAAGAUAUAUAAAGCUACGACCAUAUCCAAGAUAACGGAGAAUGUUCUAGACGACGGCUGUCUCGACGUGGAAACCCUCAUAGACGAAGAGUACCAGAACGUUGAUGGUGACGAGGUCGAAUCAAUUUUGACAGAAGAAGGGACGAUCGUUUCUACUGAAACUGAAUCCGUCUACUCGGUGUCCACGGUGUACACUACUGGGAAUAAGAUGUCCAGAGACUCGAGGAGGAAUCUCUUCGAUGUGAUAUCGAAGACGAAUAUCCACAUACCUUAUGAAAUUAAAUCCAACAUUCGGAAAAUUACUAAAGGAGCGAAACUUUCCACUAAACAGGUGAACACGAUCUCCAUCGAGCUGCUGGUGUUGUCUCACGAGUGUUUCUCAUGUGCGUGUGAUACAGAGGGCGUCGCAGUCUGCCUUCGAUCCGCUCAAGCCCUCAGCGCUCGUCUCUUGGCGUCUCGGUCUUGGAGGCUGAUGGUCCGCUUACUCACAGGCCUGGCGCGGUACACGGAAUGCGCGUAUAUACUUCAGGCUUUGCGCGACAAUCAUCAAUUUGAAUUUCUUCUCGGACAAUUCGACUAUAUGUUGGGCCAGCAGCAAGAUAAAAUAGUUGAAUUCAAGCAUGGCCUGCUCGAUUUCCUAAAGACCCAUUGCCCCGGGGAUACGGACACUUACAUCAUGGUGGCGCUUCACUUCAAUAUGUACGCUGAGGCAGCUAAUGUGAAGAAGAAACAAGCGUUACAUCUAAUAGACGACUUGGAGAGAACGGCGGAAGCCUCGAAACCCUCAAAGAAGACCAACGAACCGGUUUGGUUGAUGAUACACGAUAAUGUCCCGACGAGAACUCUCCUAGAAACAGCUCUAAAUCACUGCACCGACGCUUGUGAGUUAUACCUUCAAGGCGGAUGCACUGGAUUUGCUGGAUCGAUGGCAGCGCUCGCCCAACAGAUAGCAUUACAAAUCUCAUUACUGAACGCGUCUCCAACAAGACUUAUCUUAAACAGAACUACCGAGCAAACAUAUUUGCUUGUGAGUGAUUAUUUGAGUUUCAUGGAGGGUCUGGUGUUAUUGUCGGGUGCUGGUGGCGGUGUUUGGCGCGAGCUGGCCUACCGCCGCGCUCUCAAUAACGACCAGGCCUACCUUCGAGAUAUGGCUGUUUACAGACCUGACGUAGCCUGUGACAUCAUUAACAGAUAUAAGUCCGAGACGAACAAGACUCAAGUGUCCCAAUCAGCUAUGGCGGAACUCCGUACGCUGAUGAGGUGAUACAGGAUUAAAAAACUUCAUCAAUAAGAUCUCCAUACAUCUAAGUUUUUAUUCCAAAGCCAUAUUAACCGCUUGAUGUACGUCUAAUCUUUUAUAUUAUCAAAAUUGUUAUUCUGUGAUAUGUGGACUGAAAAUGUAUUUUUAUAGCUUUUUUUCUUAGUAAUUAAUAUAUAUAUGUUGUUUAGAAAUUA